ACCUGCUGAACCGGAAAAGCGCCGUUUCUACUUCCGGGUUCACGGUUUCCACAGUUUGGAAGAAAUGGCGGACAUGGACGAGCUGUUCGGUAGUGAUGGAGACAGCGACAAUGACCAAGGGGAGUCCGGUUCCGGCUCCAGUUCAAACUCGGAGCAGGAGAGGCCACGGUCAGCCAGCAACGCUUCAGCCAGUGGCAGCGACAGCGAGCACGAACGAGAUGACGACGAUGAAGAUGGUCAGGAGGCAGGAAAAGCCAGUAUGAAUAAGGAGCUCUUUGGAGAUGACAGCGAGGAUGAGCAGCGCAGUCAGCGCAGUGGCAGCGACAACCAAUCAGAACGCUCCGGGAACCACUCAGAUGCCAGCAUGCACUCGGACCGCGCCGAAAACGACCACUCUGACGCAGAGCAGCGCAGCGGCUCGGAGCGCGGCCAUCAAGAUGAGGAUGAAGAUGAGGAGGACGGUGGUCGUCGGUCAGACGGAGGAAGCCCGGCCGGCAGCGGGAUGUCUGCAGCUGGAAGCCCCCACUCCGAACGGGGAAGCAUCCGCUCCAACAGGAGUGUGCACAGUGACCCAGGGACCCCCCAGUCAGGACCCGGCACCCCCCACUCUGAUGGAGAAGCUUCCGGAAGAGACAACCAUUCAGAUGAUGAGAAAUGGGAUCGAGAGGUGAAGAGCGACCAGUCUGACGAUGAAGAGGAGAAGCAGCAGCGCUACUCUGAUGAAGAGCACGACAACUCUGACGACGAGGGACACAGGAAGUUAGAGUCUGCGAAGGGCAGCGAUAGUGAAGACGACUUCAUCCGACAGAAAACCAAAUCCAAACCCUCUGAUUCAGAUUCUGACAGUGAUGUUGGAACAAAAAAAAUUCAAAAGUCUGCAGCAGACGACCUGUUUGGAGAAGCUGAUGACAUCUCCUCAGACAGCGAUGCAGAGAAACCUCCAACCCCUGGACAGCCCCUGGAUGCGGAGGAUGGGAUGGAGGGAGAGCAGGCGGAGGAGGAACCUGCACCUGAGACUCGCAUCGAAGUGGAGAUUCCCAAAGUCAGCACUGACCUGGGAUCUGACCUGUACUUUGUCAAGCUGCCCAACUUCCUGUCAGUGGAGCCCAGACCCUUUGACCCUCAGUACUAUGAGGAUGAGUUUGAGGAUGAGGAGAUGUUGGAUGAAGAGGGACGGACCAGACUCAAGCUGAAGGUGGAGAACACUAUUCGAUGGAGAGUCAAGAGAGACGAGGAGGGAAAUGAAACACGAGAGAGCAACGCUCGCAUUGUGAAAUGGUCUGAUGGGAGCAUGUCCCUCCAUUUGGGGAAUGAAGUGUUCGAUGUUUACAAAGCUCCUCUCCAGGGAGACCACAACCACCUGUUCAUCCGACAGGGUACUGGACUACAGGGACAGGCUGUGUUUAAAACCAAGCUCACCUUCAGGCCCCACUCCACAGACAGCGCCACCCACAGGAAGAUGACCCUGUCCCUAGCUGACCGCUGUUCCAAGACCCAGAAGAUCCGGAUCCUGCCCAUGGCCGGACGAGACCCAGAGUCACACCGCAACGAAAUGAUCAAGAAAGAGGAGGAGCGUCUGCGGGCCUCCAUCCGUAGAGAAUCCCAGCAGAGGAGGAUGAGGGAGAAGCAGCACCAGCGCGGCCUGAGCAGCAGUUACCUAGAACCAGACCGCUAUGAUGAGGAGGAGGAGGGCGAGGAGGCCAUCAGCCUGGCCGCCAUCAAGAGCAAAUACAAGGGAGGUGGUCUGAGGGAGGAACGAGCCAGGAUCUACUCAUCUGACAGCGACGAAGGUUCAGACGACGACAAGGCCCAGAGGCUGAUGAAGGCCAAGAAACUGGACAGUGACGAGGAAGGGGAGGGGCCAGAAAAGAGGAAGGCUGAGGAUGAGGAGGAAACGUCCACCAAGAAAGCAAAGAAGUAUGUCAUCAGUGACGAAGAGGAGGAGGACGAAGACGACGAUGAAUAACUGACGACUUUUUUAUCAGCCCAUAGACGCACACACACACCGGCAGCGGCAGCCAUAUUUUGUGUAUAUUUUCUUAAGGUGUAUGUGUGUUGUGUGUCUGAAAUAAACAUGUUGUGUAACUCGAA